CAGAAAACUGAAUUUUGAAGAUUCCUGCACUAUAAAAAAUGUUUUUAGACUCAUGUUUUUGAAAUAAAGGAACUACAAGAGUAUUUGGAAUUUGUGAAAUUAGAAACUCAUGGCAAGAGACCAGUUCUUUUUGAAAGAGUUUGGAGCUCCUUGAAAAUGAUAUUGCAUUGUUAUGAAGAACUUCCUGUAGCUAUCGAAAACAAAAUCAAAGAGCUGGACGAGGAAUCAAAGAUACCUUUAAAGAAGCGUUUUCAGUUCUUUGCUCCGCCACCCGAUAUAAAUGAUUACCCGAUGUUUCAAGAGAUACAGCUCAUGAUUGCAGGACAGAAAUUCAAAUUUCAAAACAAUCAACAUAUUAUUGAUUUUUGUUUGCCAUUGAAUAUAAUAAACGAAAUAAAAAUUGGGAAACAAAGUGACGGGACACUUAAGAAUGAAAUCCAGUUAAGAGUGUGGAAUCACGCAGGCGUCGAGGAAUGGGAAGAAAUAUAUUUAUGUGUGGAAGUCAAUGGCACGCCCUUGCCAGUUUAUCAACCCAGCCCUCAUAUUAUUUAUAUAACUUCCUACUGUGUUUUGGAAGAAUAUUCUUACAACAGAAUGAUCAUCUCUUCUCCAUUACCAGAGACUUUAGAAAAUUAUGUGUUUGGCUUAUCUUUUGUUGCCCGACUCUCUUCUUCGGAAGUAAUAACAAAAUAUCCUCCUUCCAAAAUAUCUCCGGAAGUAAUUCCGAAAUAUCCUCCAGUUAAGGAGACUAAAGAUCUAGUUAUGAACAUCUUGGAAGACUCAGCUUGUAGAAUCUAUACUCUCCAUUUAGCAUGUCCUGUUAAGAAGGAUCUAAUUAAAAUACCUACCCGUAGUAACUGGUGCACUCAUCCAGAAGUAUUUGACCUCGAAACAUUUUUAAACGAUAUGCAAUAUUAUUUGCAAUGGAGAUGUCCUAUUUGCAAAAAGUUAGUCAAAUAUCAGGACUUAAUAGAGGCUAAAGACUUAAAGAAGUACCUCGAUGAAGGAAAGACUACACUUGUAUUUCAUAAACCCAGAAUUGUCAAGGAACUGUUUGAUUCAAAUAAUGAGGAAAUUACCUGUGAAAAAGAAGUGAUUGUGAUUGAUUGAUCUGUUUUCUAUGUUUAAUAAAAUUAUUUCUUAAAUGUG